GUUUUUCUUUUCUAAUGUUACUCUCUAAACCAGAAUAUACAUGUUCAUUUUGUUUUCCAAUGCUUAUAUAGCCCAUUGAAAAUUUCAUCAAAGCUUAUUCACAUUGUACUGAAUGGCAGUAAUAUAGAGAACCUAUAACGCAUGUAGAUUUGCUAUGAAAUUCUGAAAGUUCGAGGAUACAACACAACUUCCGGUAAAUUGCACAGCAAGCGCAAAACAACACACGUGCUUUAAAGUAAAGGUUUGGAGAUGGCAAACUGAGCUGACAGUGACAGAUAACGGAAAAGACUGAUUAGACAUGACAACAGCCGCUCGUCCAACUUUUGAGCCUGCCAGAGGAGGGCGGGGGAAAAAUGAAGGUGAUCUCAGUGCAUUGUCCAAGCAAUAUUCAAGUCGAGAUUUACCGGCUCACACCAAAAUCAAGUACCGACAAGAAGGACAGGGUACGUCUGAUGAACUGAGAGGCCGUGACUUCCGUCGGGAUUUAGAAGAUAGAGAGAGAACUGCCAGGGAAAAACGAGACAGAAACAGAGACUCUAGCAGCAGUAAGAGACCCCGUCUGGAUCAGGUUCCGGCUGCCAACUUGGAUGCUGAUGACCCAGUAGAUGAUGAGGAUGAAGACGACUCGUCUGAUGAUGAAGACGACACAGCUGAAUUAAUGGCCGAACUACAGAAGAUCAAGAAGGAACGAGCCAACGAAAAAGCGAGACUGGAUGCUGAGAAGAAGGUGGAGGAGGAGAGGAUAAGAACAGAGAAUAUUCUGAAGGGGAAUCCACUACUGAACCAACAGGAGAAAUUAGCAACAGAUUUCAAGGUUAAGCGAAGGUGGGAUGAUGACGUGGUGUUUAAGAACUGUGCAAAAGGAGAGGACGAUAAGAAAAAGACUGCGUUUAUUAAUGACACCCUCAGGUCGGAAUUUCACAAAAAAUUCAUGGAGAAGUACAUCAAGUAACAUUCAUUAUAGCAUAAAAAUGAACAGCGAAAAACAGAAUCCAAAACGUGACAUACAGCUUCGUCCUGAUUGGUCACUUGGAAAGCUAGUGACCUCCAGUGUGGUUGGUGGAUGCUUUGUGUGUGUAUCGGACUUCUAACCAUCGUGAUCCAGAAACGGAGCACAUCCAGUUAGCUGCUGCAGACGGGGUACCUCUAAAGUGGAAACUGCAUCCAACACUCCUCUUCUAGGUUUUUAGAGUCUGUUUUAAUUGCAUCAAUAGGAUCUGUAUUGACAAAUAAUGUCUCCACUUCCGAAAUUUUAGAACAGUUGUGAUUUUAGAUUACAUGUUUGAUAAUAGUGUAUAUUGUGAAUGUCAUAUUUCCCACAUCAUGAUAUGUAAACUUCAUUUUUCUUUUCAUAAGUAUUCUUCUUGUAUCAUAAGUUUCAUUUGUCACAAUUACAGAGAUAUUUGAAGUUCAUAUGUUGUAAUAAAAUAAUACACGUAUACUUAAA